CAUGUUCUGCACUAGAAGCAUCCUUACCCGGCAACAACACCUCCUCCCAUUCUCCACCGCCACCUCCGCCGCCAUCGCCGCCGCCACCGUAGCGGCGCCCACCCACCUGGAAUCCUACACUGUCCAGCCCCCAAUCAAACCCUGGCCUUACCGCCUCCACCCGAAGCUGGUUGCAUCCCUCAUCUCACGCCAACACAACCCCAAUCUCUCUCUCGAGAUCUUCGAUUACGCUGAAAACCACCACCCUGGCUUCUCCCACGAUCCCCAAACCUACCAAGCCAUCAUCCUCAAACUAUCACGCGCUCGCCACUUCCACAAAAUCGAGUCCCUCCUCACGCGCCUUCGCCACUCGCCGCAGCGGGAUCGCUGCAGCGAGGAACUGUUCGUAACCGUUAUCCGCGGUUACGGACUCGCGGGUCUGCCCGAGCAGGCCCUCAAGACCUUCGUGAGAAUCGAAUCCUUCGGGAUUCGACCCUCGGUUAGGUCCCUCAACGCCUUGCUCAAUGCUUUGGUUCAGAACAAACGUCACCGUUUAGCGCAUUUGGUGUUUAAGAGUGGUAGAACACGGUUUGGUGUUGCGCCUAAUGUGGUUAGUUGCAAUAUUUUGCUCAAGGCGCUUUGUAAGAUUAAUGAGGUUGAUGUUGCAGUUAGGGUUUUGGAUGAGAUGGUUGAAAUGGGUGUAGUGCCAAAUGUGGUGAGUUACACCACUGUUUUGGGUGGUUAUGUUUGGAGAGGUGAUAUGGGUAAUGCUAAGAGGGUUUUUAGUGUGAUUUUGGAUAGAGGGUGGGUGCCUGAUGUGAAUGCUUACACUGUUUUGAUGAAUGGGUUUUGUAGGUUAGGGAUGUUGGUUGAUGCUAUUAAGGUGAUGGAUGAUAUGGAGGAGAAUGGUGUUGAGCCUAAUGGUGUUACUUAUGGUGUUAUGAUUGAGGCUUAUUGCAAGGGGAAGAAAUCUGGGGAAGCAGUUAACUUGCUUGAGGAUAUGCUUGUGAAGGGUUAUGUACCGAGUUCGGGGUUGUGUUGUAAGGUUGUUGAUCUGUUGUGUGAGGAAGGGAAUGUUGAGAGAGCUUGUGAGGUGUGGAGGAUGGUUUUGAGGAAGAAUUGUAGCCUUGACGAUGCCAUCCCGGGCACGCUUAUACAUUGGCUUUGCAAGAAGGGGGAGGUGAUGGAAGCUAGGAAGGUGUUUGAUGAAUUUGAGAGUGGCUCGGUUGCUGGUCUCUUGACGUAUAACACGUUGAUAGCUGGAAUGUGUGAGAGAGGAGAGCUUUGCGAGGCGGCUAGGCUGUGGGAUGACAUGGUGGAAAAGGGUCGUUCUCCUAAUGCUUUUACGUAUAACAUGUUGAUUAAAGGAUUUUGUAAGGUUGGCAAUGCUAAGGAGGGUAUCAGAAUUCUCGAGGAGAUGGUGGAAAAUGGAUGUUUGCCCAACAAAUCAACUUACUCAAUAUUGAUUGAUGGGAUUUCUCUUACAGAAGGAAUGAAAAAAGAAAUCAACAAGGUAGUUUCACUGGCCGUGUCCACUGGAGUUGAUGGUGACUUGUGGGAUCUUUUCUUAAAACAUGUUGUGGGUAAUUUAGAUGGAAAUGCAGCUGAGCUUGAUAGGAUAUUAAUAGAGAAUGCAGUGUGAUAAUGUAAGCAGUUGAUGGUGACUUGUGGGAUCUUUUCUUAAAACAUGUUGUGGGUAAUUUAGAUGGAAAUGCAGCUGAGCUUGAUAGGAUAUUAAUAGAGAAUGCAGUGUGAUAAUGUAAGCAUUUUUAAGGUAUGAUGUUGUAUCUGAUCAUUUCUAGGCGAUGACAAAUGGUGAUUGAACACUGGGGGAACUUUUUAUCCAAUGUGGAGGUAUAGCUUGUAUACUCCCCGGUUAGUGAACUUGAAAGUGUUAACCAAUUGACUGGGAACCACUUCUUUGCUGGAAAUUUGUUCAUAAUUGGUCUGAUUAAAAUGGAAGACCAUUAUAGCCAAACACCAACACCAAGUUUGCUCAUUACGAAAUUUAAUCAUCAACCCCUUCAACUUAUUGAUGGUUGAUUAUGCAAAUAUGGUGAGGUUUUUCUUGUUGUCUGCCCAAGGCUGCGUAUUAAUUCCUAGGACAAAGGGAAUGGAUAAAUAUCUUGUAGUUAUGUGGUGUGCUUGAAGAAUGAGAUAGGUUAUGGAAUCUGAACCUGAUAUAUUGAGAAGGGUUGCUUUUGGUGUUGUUCUUAAUGAUUAUGAUUAAGCACUCUUGAAGCAUUAACCAUGUAUUCAAGUGACUGGAAAUUCCUGAUAUAGCAAUUUACAUCUGGAUCCUUGUUCUGUUUAAUCUAACCUUAGUAUGAUUAAGAAAUGAGAAUCAUACUAAUGGAAGCAAACAUAAGGUUUCACAAUGCUUUUACUAUUUAAAUGAAAGAGUAAAUACUAAAUACAUAUAUGGGAAAGAACCUUGUUAGGUGAGACUACAUUAAUGGUUUUAUAUAUCUUUAACAUGCCUCCUCACACGAGAGGCCACUGGGCUUGAAAGGCGGACAAUGGACAAGCCCACCUACCUGUGUUGAAAAACUCCAUAAGAUUUGAUUAAUUAUUAAUUAAAUGGGGGCGGUGAGAAUCGAACUCGUGACACCGAGGCUUUGAUACUAUGUAAAAAACCAAUUAGGCCACUUUGAAUAAUUAAAAAAUUAAAAAAAUGUAACUAUCUGGUUCUGCUAGAAGAUAAUAUUUGAAAUGCUGCUUAAUUCUCAGAUCUGGAGAUUGAGCGAUCUUAAACAAUUCUACCUAGAUAAAUACUAUCAGCAACUCAAUAUAAAUUAUCUAGUGUAUAAUGUUGUAUGAAAUACCAAGGUUGAUCUUUGCAAUAUAAAGGCUUUUGUGGGUACUAUCUUUCACUUGCCCAUGUUGCUUCUUUGUUUCCAGGCUUUUACUUUGUGGAAGCUGCUUCAUCAUUUUCUGAUAUGUGCUCUGCUGCAAUUCUUCGAUCAAUUAAUGGUGUCUUAGCAAUCAUAUGCAGCGUAGUUUUAUAUGACAUAAUUACUCACUUGAAGCCAACACUUGACGAAAGAAAGGCGAUGCUUCGUGCAGUAGUCCCAUCCUUGUACCCCCUUCACUGGUUCUUUACUUUUUUUCUCUAUUAUACAGAUGUUGCAUCUGUUACUGCAGUUCUGGCUAUGUAUCUUGCAAGUUUGAAGAAGAAUUACUGGUUUAGGGCAUUGGUAAGGUAUUUUUAAACUUUUUAUGUUGCAAACAUAUAUUUAAAUUGAUGAGUGUUUUUUUUAUGUAUAUGUUAUUUUUAUCCAAGUUGCUCAAUUUUAAUUUCCUGCGGCACUUCUAGAAAAAUUGAACCUAUGUCUUUUAACAUAGGGUGAUAGGGACCAAAUUGUACAAAUAAGAAAUGAAAGAAAAAUAUGAAAUGCGUGUAUUGAUGAAUGCUGGAAAUUCAGCAACAGCAGUACAGGUUAUGGUGAAAAACUGAGAAAUACAAAAAAAGGUAAAUAUGCAAAAAGGAAAAUACAGGUUUUCUGGAGCUAUUCGAGAGGCUCCCGAGAUCUCUCCCAAGUCUGGUUUUCCAGCCCAAGUCUGUCCAAAAAUCCCCAUCUCCAAAUGUCUCUGGCUCUAUUUAACAAACCUAACCACCAUGCCACAUCAGCAAUGAUUAUAUUCUCCCUUCUAACAGAUUUGCACCCUUCAGGUAUGUGUGCUGUUAUCUAGAAUAUUCCCCAAUGUUUUGAGUAACCCUUCCCUUGGUGUCGUAUCAUAGUGAUUAUAUAUAUAGAUGGCCACCGGUUAUAACUUUUUCUUGUAUUGAACAUAUUUAUGGCAAAGACCUGGUUUGUUUCUCACUAUGAUCCUUUGUACUUAUAACUAGGAAAAAAAUGUAUUCUUAUCAUUAGGGAGGACCCAAUAUGUUCAAAAUAUUACUUAAUAAAUUUCUUAUCAUUGCCUGAUUGCAGAAAAGAACAAUUUUAUAGACUUAUUUUGUAAUACAUAAUUUAGUUUGUAAUGGACCUACAGUUAUUUUCAUAGCUGUUCAUAGUUCAAAAGGAUCUUUGCAAUCCUUUUAACAUUAUGGCAGAUGAAGUGGGAGCUUUUAACUUCGUUUAGUCCCUUUCUCAUGGUUGUGGUGGCUUUUCUUUUAUUUGUCUAUUGGAAUGUGAUGGGUCAUCGGCCUGAGAAUUAGUUAUGGAAACUAUUCUAGAUCAUUUUGCUCAGAUACUUUAUUUUAGUUUGUUUUCUGUAUUGGCUCAGGCUCCCAUGCAUUUCACUAUCACCCAGGCUGUGGACCUGUUCCAAUUGUUUUGGGAACGUAGGCCCCUUCGUUUCUUUCAGAUUUCCUGGCUUCUAUUGUUGGCCUUCUCUCUGUACACUUUUUCAGGUUAGGUCAGACUCAGAUCACUAAUUAGACUAGCAAGCAGAAUCUUGGUUGUCAACAACUAAAUGCAUCUUCUGGUGAAUUCAUGGACUCAUUUUCAUCAGAUACUGUAAAAUUUGAAGCUCAUUUUUUCCAAACGCAUUUUAUUGAUAUAUUUCAUUAUUUUAUUUUUACUUUUUUGGUGGGUUAUCGAUUAUCUAAUUAAUCCUGUUUGAACUCCUUUGGACUCGUAUAAGGGACAGUUCUUCCAAGAUUAUUUUCCCAAGCCUCGAAUUCUAGUCAUGGGGAAACAAACUCUUUGUAUCGGGUUCAGAUACUACACCAUACCAUUCUAUAUCAUGAUGCAUCACCAUAACAAUAA